GAGAAGAGAAGAGUAGGAGGAGUGAGGAGUACGGAGCUAUGGUUGUUGUGAAAGGGGAUUCAUCGCUGUGCUGUUUUGCGGGAACGAGGGCACGAUGAAGCGAGUCCUUGUUCUCUUGCUCCUCCUGACCCGCUGCCUCCAUCCCUCCUUCUCCUCCUCACCCCUGAGGCCCGCUGCCUACCCAAGAGCCGAUGGCGCUCUGCCGCCCGAGUGGAAGUCAGCGAAGGAUCGGCGAGGCAGGGAGUAUUACUAUCAUGUGCGCACCAAGAAGGCGACCUGGUCGUUUCCUGAGAGGAGGACGCUGGUAUUCAGCCGGUUUCCUAUCGAUCCGACCAUCGUGCCGUCUUUCCCUGUGAUCCGAGUGAGGCCUGCAGAGGAAUUCGUCAGUCAGCUGCAAAACAAGACCAAAGCCGUCCUCGUCUUCUAUAUGCCCCAGGUCAUCAGGAACCCAGUGUUCAACAACAGCUUCCUCCUGCUCCGACAGACUGAGACGUUGGGGUACCAGGAGGACGAGGCAACGGCCAUCGAAGACAUCACUGACUGUAUGGCCAAGACCAACAGCUCUACCAGUACGCCGUACGUGACGUGGAAGAGCCCGUUCACCAUAAGGGAAGGCUCCUUCUAUCACUUCCGAAGUUCGACGCAGGGCAACCCUGCUGUGCUGUCAGGGAGGUGGUGGAUGCUGCAGGAGACGUGCGGAACUUUCAGCGGGCUGAACAUGCUGAUGCGAUCGGACGAGCUUUACAUGCACUUGUUCUUGAUCCUGGGCGGGCCCUGGCUGUUUGAGAAAUUGAUGUAGAAGCGCGAGACUGCUGCAU